CAGCCGAGCUGGGGGCGCGGGCGGGCGGCAUGUACCGGGCCCGGGCGGCGCGGGCGGGGCCGGAGCCCGGCAGCCCGGGGCGCUUUGGGAUCCUCAGCACCGGGCAGCUGCGGGACCUGCUUCAGGAUGAGCCCAAGCUGGACCGGAUCGUGCGGCUCAGCAGGAAGUUCCAGGGCCUGCAGCUGGAGCGAGAGGCAUGCCUGGCCUCCAACUACGCGCUGGCCAAGGAGAACCUGGCACUGCGGCCCCGCCUGGAGAUGGGCCGGGCUGCCCUGGCCAUCAAGUACCAGGAGCUCCGAGAGGUGGCCGAGAACUGCGCGGACAAGCUACAGCGACUGGAGGACACCAUGCAUCGCUGGAGUCCCCACUGUGCGCUGGGCUGGCUGCAGGCUGAGCUGGAGGAGGCUGAGCAGGAGGCUGAGGAGCACAUGGAGCAGCUGCUGCUGGGCGAGCAGAGCCUGGAGGCCUUCCUGCCCGCCUUCCAGCGAGGCCGGGCACUGGCCCACCUGAGGCGGACCCAGGCUGAGAAACUGCAGGAGCUGUUACGGCGCAGGGAGCGCUCCACCCAGCCAGCCCCCACUGCUGCCACCGAUGCCCCCAAACCCUUCCCAGCUGCAGCUGUCCUGCCCACUGGGGCUGCCCGGGGGCCACCCGCCGUGCCCCGGAGCCUGCCCCCCUUGGACUCCCGCCCAGUGCCCCCACUGAAGGGCUCCCCCGGGUGCCCCCUCGGCCCAGCACCUCUGCUGAGCCCCCGGCCCUCUCAGCCAGAGCCCCCCCACCGGUAGGAUACAGGGUAUGGCCCCCCAGUGGGGGACCCAGACAAACUUGAUUCAAGGCUCCUCCUCCUCCCCCACUGCCUGGGUGGGGGGAGGGGCAGGCCCCUCCCCCUGGCCUCAGGCAGGCCCUGGCCCUGGAGGUUGAGCAGGGGAGGAGGUCACCUGGAGGAGGCCUGAGAGGGCUGGGGGUGGGUGGGCAGGGUGUUGGGCCCUGGCACUGAGGAACCUCUGCCUUUGUUGUCUCCCUGGCUGGGGCCUCCAGGGCGAUGGGCCAGCCUCAUGCAAGAACUUUACUCACCAUGGGGCCUGGGAAGGUGCCCGCUUCCCUGGGGGCUCUGCCCAGGGAGCCUGUUGCACCCGCUGCUCCACUGGGCUCGCACAAUGCCAAGGCCGAAGGAAGUGUCCAUCAUGUCCUGAACCUACCUUUCCCCCAGCUCUGGAGCCACUCCCUAGGAGCCAGGCGACCAGGCCUUAGCUGUGGGGCCAGGGACACCAUGGCCUUGGGCCUGCUCUGGGGCCCUCUCUUGCUCCGGCCCCUGGGGCAGGGUAGGCCAGGGGGCAUCUGACCUGCACAAGCGAGAGUGGGGCAUCCCCAGGAAAGACCAUUCUGAAUUUUUCUGUCCCUGUCUCCUUAGAAUGGAACCUUUUUGAGGGCAGGUCCUUGUCUUUGUAUGUUCUGUCCCCAGCCCCGCUUCCUAGGGGCCGUCAAUAAAUGUGAUGAUGAGGGUGAUGCUGCCAGCCUCCUCUCUGCCCCUCCACCAGCCUCCACCACAGCUCCUGGGCUUCCUACUCUUCCAAGGCCCUUCCUUCCUUGGCCAGCUGUCCUGCAGGUCCUGUACCGCUGCUGCCUCUUCUGAGAAGCCUCCUCUGAUUAUGGCCCACGAAGGCUUUCCCUAAAUCUUACCUCCCAGUGCUCUGGCCAGAAGCCUAUUCUCCACUGCCUGUCUCCAAGGCUUCACCUGUCCACACCUUCUUUCCCAGCGUCACCAGAUCACCAUGCUACCUGCUUCCCCUCUGGACCAGCCCCCGCUGGAGGGGUUUGUAGGGCUGAAGGCUCUGUCCUCGGCUUGCCCGGUGGCCAGCGUGGCUGAUGAGUGUGGAGCAAGAAGGGCCAGCGGGAUGUGGUUAGGUCAGGUUUGAGGAGCAAAGUUUGGCAGAGAGGCACGGAACCUCCUGCACAGGGAGAUUUGCAAGGGGGCUGGAGCAGCCCACCAGGCUAGUGUGGUCUCAGUGUGUGAGAAGAGCCUGGGGAUUGCUGACAGGAUCUUUAGAGGCUUAGGCAGCAGCUGAAGGAACUGGUUUGUGUGAGCUUUGGAGUCCUCAAGCCGAACUUGUCCUACAAUGGCACAGCUAAAGCACCGAGAGUCCACUUCACCUGAGAGUCCACCUGCCCUCCUCAUUGCUGGCACUGGAGUAGCUGGAGGCUGAAGUAUAUUAGGUGACUCCUAGACACAGGUGACUCACUAGGGGACACAGUGUGACUGUGUCACACUGGCCUCUGAGAUGACAGAGGCCUCCCCUUCCUGGUCCGAGCUUCCAGGUGUUAGUUGGUAACCAUGAGGAGAAAGGAGGCUAAAGUUGGACCUGUCUGAGCUUUUCUCUACUACCAUGAUGUGGUCAGUGGCAUCCAGAAGGGAAUCAGGACCCCAAGGCAGGUAAGAAGAGGAGAAAGGCAAGACCCAGACAAGAGAGACUGGGAACUAGAUGGGGUCCUUCAGGCCUCCCACACACCUCACCUUCCACAAAGCCUUGGGCCCCGAGUUUGGCCCAGCCUGAGAAAGAUCUGAGGCCAGUGGGGACAGCGUGGGCCUAGUUCUGGGAGCUUGGGAAAGGCUUGGAGUUGGCUGAAAAACUUCCCAAAGGCCCUUGCUUGAAGGUGCAUGGAAUGUUCUGGAAGGUUUUGGACAGCCUGGGCCCUCCCUAAUGCCAGGUUCUUUGGCCCCAGGAAAGGAUCUUGGCAAUGAUCCUCUGUGACAGAGGACAAACUUGAGGGUGGACAUGCAGGGCCCAUGGGAAAGGUCCUAGAGCAGGCCACUCGUGCUUUUACAAACCUGAACCAAAUCAUCCCCCAAUAAUAAACCCCCACCUCUUUUGGAUUAAAAACAGUUUUUGUCCCUCAAUAAAGUUUUACAUACACCUCU